AUGGCGGACAGUGAUAAUGCGCCAAGGAGGCGGAGUUGGCGCCUUCGCUGUGCAAGUCACGCAGCUGGCGUUCUUCCAGUAGCUCGUGCUCGUCCUCGUCGCGCCAUCGAGUUCCGCGUCUUUUAUGUCCAGCAAAGCCGAGUCCUGUCUAUCUUUACUAGCGAUCAACUUGUUGAAGCAAUAGUUUUGCCCCAGUGUUAUGCGGUGGGGAAUAACCGCAUGAUCCUGCUUCGCCUUCAGCAGUUGAUAUUACUCGUGUUCGUUACAUACACUAUAGCUCUGGCGACUGUGUGGAGCAAAGUUUCGCGUGUUUUCAAAAUUACUCGGAAAUCGGAAUCCAAUCUGGAUAGCGACGCUCUCGGUCUCUUAUCAGACAACACCAAAACUAAUCGUAACAUCUUCAGAGCUAUAGCAUCUUCUGCACAAAACAUGCUAUCUGGCAGAUCGAGCUAUGACUACCAUCUCGCCUUGGAAGAUGACGUCAAUGAUAUGAAAGAAUUAGGUAUGUCUCAUUCACGCAUCAGUCACUUUCUAAAGCAGUCGAGAUGUUUGUCAUGUUAUCACUUUAAACAAGUUUUUGUUUCAUCAAGAGUUCAAAAAUUUCAAGAAAUUUUGCAUAGCUCAAGGGUACCGCUUUAGAC